AUCCUUUUCAACUCUUGCUAAGUGAUUUCUAGCUCAUCCCCAAGCUUUCUCACCAUGAACAGACAAGUCUGCAAGAAAUCCUUCAGUAGUGGGAGCCAGGGCUUCUCUGGUCGCUCUGCUGUGGUCUCCGGCAGCAGCAGGAUGAGCUGUGUGGCUCGGUCUGGGGGAGCCAAUGGAGGGGCCUGUGGGUUCCGGAGUGGAGCAGGUGGCUUUGGCAGCCGCAGCCUCUACAACCUGGGUGGCAAUAGGAGCAUCUCCAUCAGCGUGGCAGCCGGUGGUUCCCGGGCUGGUGGCUUUGGUGGAGGACGUAGCAGCUGUGGUAGUGGCUUUGGGGGUGGUUAUGGAGGUGGCUUUGGUGGAGGGAGAGGACUAGGAGGUGGCUUUGGUGGAACUGGUGGCUUUGGAGGAGUUGGUGGGUUUGGAGGAGUUGGUGGGUUUGGAGGAGCUGGUGGCUUUGGUGGUCCUGGUGGCUUUGGUGGUCCUGGUGGCUUUGGUCCUGGUGGCUUCCCUGGAGGAAUCCAUGAGGUAACUGUCAACCAGAGCCUCCUGCAACCCCUCAAUGUGGAAAUUGACCCCCAGAUUGGGCAGGUAAAGGCCCAAGAGCGGGAGCAAAUCAAGACCCUCAACAACAAGUUUGCCUCCUUCAUCGACAAGGUGCGGUUCCUGGAGCAGCAGAAUAAGGUCCUGGAGACCAAGUGGAACCUGCUUCAGCAGCAGACCACAGGUUCCGGUUCAGGCCCCAACAACUUGGAGCCCUUCUUUGAAUCCUACAUCAGCUACUUGCGCAGGCAAUUGGAUUUGCUUCUAGGGGAAAGACAAAACCUGGACGGAGAGUUGAAGAAUGUGCAGGACCUGGUGGAAGACUUCAAAAAGAAGUAUGAAGAUGAGAUCAAUAAACGCACUGCAGCAGAGAAUGAGUUUGUGGGACUCAAGAAGGAUGUGGAUGUGGCUUACAUGAAUAAGGUGGACCUGCAGGCCCGUGUGGACAGCCUUACGGAUGAACUCAACUUCUUAAGGACCCUCUAUGAGAUGGAGCUGUCCCAGAUGCAGAGCCAUGUCAGUGACACGUCUGUGGUGCUGUCUAUGGACAAUAACCGCUGCCUGGACCUGGACAGCAUCAUUGCUGAGGUCAAGGCUCAGUAUGAGGAGAUUGCCCAGAAGAGCAAGGCUGAGGCUGAGGCCCUGUACCAGACCAAGCUUGGGGAGCUGCAGACCACAGCUGGUAGGCAUGGUGACGACCUCAGGAGCACAAAGAGUGAGAUUAUGGAGCUCAACAGGAUGAUCCAGAGGCUGCGUGCAGAGAUUGAGAAUGUUAAGAAGCAGAAUGCCAAUCUUCAGGCAGCCAUUGCAGAAGCCGAGCAGCGUGGGGAGCUGGCCCUCAAGGAUGCUAAUGCCAAGCUUCAAAGCCUUCAGGCUGCCCUGCAGCAGGCCAAGGAUGACCUGGCCCGGCUGCUGCGCGAUUACCAGGAGCUGAUGAAUGUCAAGCUGGCCCUGGAUGUGGAGAUCGCCACCUACAGGAAGCUGCUGGAAGGCGAGGAGUGCAGGAUGUCUGGAGAAUGUCAGAGUUCUGUGAGCAUUUCGGUGGUCAACAAUGUUACCAGCACAAGCAGCAGCUCUGGUGCUAGCCGUGGAAGCUUUGGAGGAGUCAGCAGCAGCAGCAGUGGUGGUUAUAGAGGCAGCAGCAGCAGCAACAGAGGCAGCAGCGGAGGCCAUGGAAGAGUCAGUGGAAGCAGCGGUGGGGCCCAGGGCAGCAGUGGAGGCUACCAGAGUGGCAGCAGCAGUGGGAGCUACCAGAGUGGCAGCAGGCUUGGCAGUGGAGGCAGCAGCUCUGUGAGCCAAAGUGGUAUUGGCUCUGGCUCUGGCAGCAUCCAGACCUCUGGAAGCACUGGCUACAAGUCUGGCAGUGGAGGGAGCAUUGGCGUCCGCUUCUCCCAGACCACCAGCUCAAGCCAGCAUGGCUCCAAGUGA